GUAAAUAAAAAAUUAAAUAUUUUGUAUAAUUUCUCGUUUCUGUUUAAAUGAAUAUAUUAUUUAAAUUAUGUACACUGUGUACAUUGUUUUAUUUUAUUUAUUCAAUGUUAUUGUAUGCCAACUUGAUCAUGGCCAUUCCAAAUCAAUGUAUGACAAAUUAUCAAACCAAAUUAUUAGCAAAAUUAACAAAGCUAAAAAAGAAUAUACUCCCUGUGAAACAAAAAAUGGAACAUGUUUUUUUCCAAACAUCUUGAAAGAUCUUGAGCCAUUUAAAGAUGGUAUUACUCAUGAAAUGAUAAUUGCAGCAGCAGACAAAGGAACUCGUUAUAUGAUCUUUAAUCAUGACUUAUACAGAGAAACAAAGUGCAUGUUUCCAGCCCGUUGUGAAGGCAUUGAACAUUUUUUAAGUAAAAUUCAAUUAAAUACUCCAGAUGUAGAGUUCAUUUUAAAUACACGAGAUUGGCCUCAAAUAAUAAAACAUUACGGAGACCCUAAACCUGUUUUUUCUUUUAGCAAGACAGAUGAUUAUGCUGAUAUAAUGUAUCCUGCAUGGUCCUUUUGGAGUGGAGGACCAGCUAUCAAAUUACAUCCAUCUGGACUUGGCCGCUGGGAUUCUCUGAGAAAAUCUAUUCUGAAACAAUCUGAACAAUGGCCAUGGAAAAACAAAAGUUCUAAAGGAUUUUUUCGAGGUUCUAGAACUAGUGAACAACGUGAUUCACUCAUACUUUUAUCAAGAAAUGAACCAGAACUAGUUGAUGCAGCAUAUACAAAAAAUCAAGCUUGGAAAUCUGAAAAGGAUACACUCUUUGCUCCACCGGCAGAUGAAGUAUCAUUAGAAAACCAUUGUCAAUACAAAUAUUUGUUUAAUUUUCGAGGUGUGGCAGCUAGUUUUCGUUUUAAACAUCUUUUUUUAUGUAAAAGUCUGGUUUUUCAUGUUGGAGAAGAUUGGAAGGAAUUUUUCUAUCAGUUUAUGAAACCUUGGUAUCAUUAUGUACCAAUAAACCCAAAUGCAUCCGAAAAAGAUAUUAAAAAUAUUUUACUGUUUUUCAAAGAACAUGAUGAUCUAGCCAAAGAAAUUUCAGAACGAGGUUAUAGAUUUAUCAGAACCCAUUUGAGAAUGAAAGAUAUAACAUGGUAUUGGGAAACACUGCUGCAAGAAUAUGCCAAAUUAUUGAAGUACAAACCAAAAUUAGACAAUGAACUUAACCUAGUUAAUAGGUGAUCAUCCACAGGGUAUAAAAUAAGUGUUUUUCAAUUUUCAUACUUUAUGAAAAAAAAAAUAUAUAACUUAACAAUUUUUGAAAUUUAUAAA